GUACAGCAAAUCGCUGCUGGUGUUGUGGAGCACACAAAUUCGUGUGGUGGGCGGACACCGCCGAAGUCUGUCAUAUCUAAACUCAGCCAAAUUGCUUUCAAUGGCAAGCACCCGUCCAAUGCUGAGCGCGAUAUGCACAAUGUGUUGAAGCAGACAGCUUUGGAUGUUGAGAUCGAAUUUUGCGACGUUAGGUUCUGGCAACCGUCUACUGGACAGCUGAAGGUCACGAAAUUUCCCUUCAUUUUUCCGGACCGGCUUGCGCUGAAGAUUUGGGAGCUUGGAGAAGAAUACUUCCAGUAUUAUUUCUUCGGAGAUCAGGAUGCUGCUGUGUUUUGGCAGCAUGUGCAGCAUCACGAGUGGGCAGCCGGUCACGUUGCUCACGCUGAGAACUUGGCGCGUUUGGCGCCGAUUACUUUCUAUGGGGACGAUGUUCACACCUACAAGAAUACAGAGGUGGGUGUGAUUUCAGUGUGUGCGUGGUCUACUGACUACUUCACACGCGAGCAUCUGCCAUUGGACAGAUACUUCUUGAUAUCAGCAUUCAGCGAAUACUUGGCCACAGAAGAAACCUGGGGAGAUUGCAUGCAACAUCUGUCAGCCAGAUUCGCUUCUCUGGUGGGGCGCAGAGAUUGGCCUUGGUCUGCUGCUGGCUAUGGCUUUGCCAUGUCUUCGUGCACUGGAGAUUUGAAAUGGUUGAAGGAGCACUUUGGCGUUCACAACUAUAACCAAAACAGUUUUUGCGGAUACUGCUCAUGCAAAAAGGUUGACCCUGGCAACCCCAGCAACACACUGGGUGAUUUCAGUGAUACCGCGCACCAUCGACAAGCGCGCUUUGGUCACGACGAGUUUUGGGCUGCCACAGAUCCCAACUCCAGGCAUGUCUUCUUUGACAUCCCGGGCUUCCGUUACGAUCGCUUCUUACACGCCCCACUUCAUGGCCAACUGUUGGGCACGGGCAAGCUGACAAACGGAUCCUUCCUCACCUAUGUGAUCGAGCGUGGCUGGUUUGGUGAAAUGGUGGGCGAGUAUGAGCUGGCUCUUGGCGUCUGCCUGAAUGUGGCAUACAAACACUUCGUUGAGUACAACAAAGAGUACGGCAAACCUGUUUCGCACCCACGCUUCACACCGGCCCGUCUCCACCGUAAGGGCCGUACACAGAUGCCCUCCCUGGCUUCGAAAGGUGCUGCCUCGAAGCGCAUCACCUACUGGCUUGCCAGUUUGGCAGAACAGUUUGGCUGCAUGGAGAAUGCAACCCUCUUGGAUCAAGAAUGCUGCACAUGCAUGAUUGCCUAUGCUGAAAUGUUGAAACGUUUGGACAUGGCACCUUUGCUGCUGUCAGAAACCGAUGCCAGGACUAUCCAUAACUUGGGCCUGGUUCACUUGCAGACCUACAGUGCUUUGAGGAACCGCAGCGCCAGAACCUUUGGCCAUCAGGCCCUGAACCGCUCUCUUUGGCCCCUGGUGCCGAAACACCACUACCUCCUGCACAUGCUUACCGAUACAGUUCUCAAGGACAGAUUGAAUCCUCGCUGCCAAACCUUGUUUUGCGGCGAGUCUUUCAUUGGACACAUUGGACGGAUGGCCAAGGCGUGCCACCGGGCAUCGCUUGGAAAGCGGCUCCUGCAGAGAUAUCGUGUGCUCUUUGGUCUGAAGCUGAAGCAGCUGAGUUAA